AUGUUUGAUGUUUUCGGUUUUGUUGUUGAUCUGAUUUUUAGACUUGACCUAAUCGACGGAGAGGGGAACACGAUGGUAGCCACGUUCGAGCUACCUGGUCUAAAAAAGGAGGACGUCCACAUCGAGAUCGACGACCAGAAUAAGCUUAUCGUCACAGGGGAGAGUCGCCUAUCUGAAGAAACGGAUAGGGAUGGAUAUAUCUUCCGCGAGAGAAGAGUGGGGAGGUUUAAGAGGGUGUUGGACGUUCCACCGGGGACGGAGGUGGAUGAGAUCGGUGCGCACCUGUCAGAUGGCGUCCUGACAGUGACGUUCCCGAAGACGUCCCGCGCAGAACUGCCUCGACGAAAGCGCAUUACGAUCUCCAGUUGA